GGCGCGCCGACGCUUCUUUCGCGUGCAGUUAGCUUAGUUGAGCUCAACCAUCGACAUAGAAGCUAGGAGCACUCCCUCCAGCAGACACAAUAGUAAUGGGGAAGAAAAGUCGUCUUUCAGGAGGAGCCGUUGGCCGGAGAACAAUCCUACAGCUUUCUCCUCCCGGGAAUCGCGGUGGGAUUGCAGGAGAAAGGGAAGAAGCGAACUCGGGAUCCGAUGAAGAGCAGGAUGGUGAUGGACACAGAUUCGUGAGACGCGCCAAUAUGAAGACACCCGCAGUAAAAGCCACAGAGGGUUUGUCGUUGCUUGGGGCCUAUGAGGACAGUGAUGAAGAGGAUGGAGACCGUUCAGCUGCUCGUUCUCAACACAGCCAGCCUGCAGACAUUGACAGUACAUUGGCCAAUUUCAUGGCUGAAAUUGAUGCAAUCACAACUCAGCCAAGUACAGACGAUGCAGCUGCCCCUGUUUCGAAUGCAACCCCACCCAGACCUGAAGAUAAAACUCAGCAGCCAGCUCAGGAAGAUGGGCAGAAUCAGCAAAGCACAGAGUUUGAGUACAAUACACAGUACUCGUUAGCUGGAGUGGGUGUGGAGAUGGGAGACUGGCAGGAAGUAUGGGACGAUAAUUCUGGUUGUUAUUAUUACUGGAACACUCUGACCAACGAGGUGUCUUGGGAACUGCCAAAUUAUUUGGCUGAUCAGGUGCAAAGUCUGGGUCAUUAUGCAAACAGCACUAGUGUCAAUGGAAAUGGCUCGGUCCAUGCAGGUUAUUGCACAGAAGAAAAUCCUGCCCCUGCUGCCACCCCAACAGCUGCUAAAGAGACCAAAGUGAAGGAGGUAAUAGAAAGUGUUACAGGUCUUACAAGUGAAGAGGAGGAGCGUCAAGGAGUAGCUGCAUCCCUCCUUGGUCCACUGAUCCCAUCUGAAGUAAAAGAAGCAGAAGAAAAGUGGAGGAAACGAUUGCUUAAGGAUUUGGAUGAGACAGAGAACAGUUUGGAUUCUGAUGGAGAGGGGGUCAAACCUGCUGGAUCUCCUAUACCCUUUAUGGACUCUGACUUAGCCGCCACUGUCCAAAAAGAUGUUUGCACCAAGAAGCUAUCAAGAAACAACUCGGAUGCUGAGGAGGAGCCAGAAGAAGACACGGUGGACCUUGAGCUGGCUUUGGAGAGGAAGAAGGCUGAGCUUCGGGCACUCGAAGAAGGUGAUGGGAGCGCAGGGGGCUCCAGUCCAAUGUCUGAGGCUAGUCAAGAAGCUGCUGGAUCUCGUGGUCUGCUACAGAAAAAGAGAUGGAAGACUGUUUUCCCGUCUGUUGCCAGCCCCGACUCUAACAGCCGAGGCUCAGACCAACUGGACACUACAGAGACGGCACCUCCUAAAGUCUUAGAAGGUGUUGUGGAAGAAGAGGACAAAGAGGCAGAAACAUUAGAGGAUUUGUUAGCUCCAAAACUUCUUUUCAAAGAAGAGGAAGAGACCCCUGAGCUAAAGUUUCAGAUCGGAGAAUUGGCUAACACCUUAACUAGCAAGAUGGAGUUCCUGGGUAUAAACAAGAAGACAAUCUCAAAUUUUCACUUACUGCUGCUCCAAACUGAGACACGGAUUGCUGACUGGAGGGAAGGUGCUCUGAAUGGGGUCUAUCUUCGCCGCAAGCUGCAAGAAGCUGCAGAACACAUAAAAUAUUAUGAACUUAACGCCACCCCUAAAGGCUGGUCCUGCCACUGGGACAGAGAGCACAAGCGGUAUUUCUAUGUGAGGGAGCGGACUGGUGCCUCCCAGUGGGAGUUUCCAACGGAGGAGGACGAGGAGGAGGACUCUAAAGACAGUCCAUGCACGCAGACUCUGAGUCAAGAAGAUACCAAAACAUCUGGUGAUGUUACAGAACCUUCUACAUUAUCCUCUGCUGCACCACCAGCAACACCACCACCUCCUCCUCAACCCAGUUCAUCCUCCUUUUGGUCCCUAUCCCAACCACCACUUCCUGAUAGCCCUCCUCCACCUUCCAACAACCCCCCACCUCCACCUCUCCCCCCAGACUCACCCCCUCAACCUCCUCCACCUCCUGACAGCGAUGAAGAAAUUAUGGAGGUGGAGAUGGAGAUGGAUGAUGACGACGAGGAGGAGCCACCAGCUCCCGGAACAGAGGAGGACAGCGGGAGGUUGGGCUCUGCCGGCAUGAAGAUUUUUGAAUCAAAUUCUUUGGGGAAGGGUCAGAAACGUAAGGCCGGUCAGAUGAAUAAAACCAUUACGAUUGGAAGCAGUCCCAUUAUCUACACUCAGGCAGCUGUUUGUACAGCACCCAUGAUGUCAGCAGCUGCAUACUGGGGUAUGCCAGCUGUGACUGCCCCUGUAAUCCAAUGUGAACUUCCUCCCCCCCCACCUAUGGCAACUGUUCCACCUCAGCCCCCACUGCCACCAUCCCAACCUGUUUAUGAACCUCCUGUAGCCAAAGCGCCAACUGUAGACAAGACUAAGAAACUAAAAAAAGACAAGUCAAAGAAGAGUAAGACGAAAAUGCCAUCGCUAGUAAAGAAGUGGCAGAGCAUCCAGAAAGAGUUAGAUGAAGAAGAGAAGAGCAGCUCCAGUGAUGAGGACCGAGAGCAGCUCAACAAAAAGAGCAUCGAGGACUGGAAACAACAGCAACUCGUGACGGGAAAAGCUUCAAAGAAUGCCAAUUUUGAGGCACUACCUGAAGACUGGCGACAACGCCUUAAGAAACGAAAGAUGACGAAUAGCACGUAAUAUCAAUCCACUCCAGCGAUGUUUGUAAAGCUACACCGUGACGUCAUCUUUAACGAGCGUUUAAGUUUAAUACUAAGUGGACUUUUUUUUUUUUCUUCUUUCUUCACAAUAUAAGCAUUUCCAAGCUCCUACAUGGCAGGCCAUUCUCACAUAGAGGGGUUUUAAAUGUCCUGUACUUUUUUGUAUUUGCAAGUGUAAAUGUGCCAAAUGUGCCACGAUAAUACUUUUGUCACAUUUUUGUACAGACGCAGUUCAAAUGUUCAUCAGUUUGUUUGGCAGAAUUGUCUAUUUUAUAGUGUUUUUACAACCAUGUACAUAAAAUGGAAAAUUG